AUGCCUCCCUUCAAAUCGUCGUUUUGCCCGAGUGCUAUCAAGUUGACUGGUGGAUGCGCGGAAGAAAAUUUUUUGAAAUAUCUAGCGGUGUUGGGUGCCAGAGCAGGCGAAGACUGUGUGACUGUGGUUGAUGACGGUAUCACAGUAACCGGCCGUGUAUCUGCCUGGAAACUGCUUGGUUCGGUGGUUGGAGCUUAUCCUGCAGCAGGAGCACAAGGAGAUGCAAAUAUUGCUACGCAUAUAGAUCGAUGGCUUGUUCUGAUAGAGCAGGCUUUAUCGAAAGGUGCCGAAGACGGCUUGUCUCGUCAAAUGAGUUCGGCACUUAGCGGUCAGGAUUAUCUUGUACCGGGCGCUACCGGUGCAACUCUUGCUGAUAUUUUGGCUUACUCAGUCAUCUCGAACCAAAUUUAUUAUGCAAAUAAUGUUGAAUUAUGGCUCAGACGUAUGCACAAGCUAUUUAAUUAG